AUGCAUCCGAUCGCCGGCGCCGACGCUGCCGAGCCCAUCCAUGGCGGCCAACCGAGGGCACGUGGUGACAGCGUCCUAGAGCAGCCAGAUCUGUUGGCUGGGCUCUGGCAGGAGGCCCCUUUCGCCCGCCUCCCCGACGAUGCGCCCCCGGAGCUUCAAGCCCUGGUUCGGGACGUCGAGAAUCCGCGGCGUGUCUACGCUAUCCACCGAGCCAGUCGGCGGCACGACUUCCAGCUGCUCGUUGACAGAUAUGUGGUCCAACUUCGGCACGGCUGUGACUCCCCCAAGUGUUCGACCGCAACGUGUUUCAGCUGUCGAAAGCGACUUGCAGGCAAGGCGCCGAUUCGACGAUACAAUCCGACGAGCGCAAGGACGCUAGCCGUCUAUCUCGCGAGCCAAGAUAAUCCCGACAAGGGCCUCUGUCCGUACCUCAGGCGAUCCAAGGAGCCGCCCGCGGCCACCAACACUCUCAUCUUCGGCGCCAAGUUCCCGUCUCCGCCGUCACAGUCCCAAAAACGCCAGAGUCAUGUCUCUGCGCCUGUCAAGCGUGCGCCAAAAGCCGCUGACGACGCUGAUACUGCACCGGCAAGGCGCCGUAGUUCGUCUUCACCACGCAGACACUGCAACGUCAGCACCGAAGCUACAAGUGGCUCAGGACGUGAUCCAAAGAGCCACCUCCCCGCGGCGAGGCCUGAUCCCAAGCUUAGCAUCUCGGAGCGGCCGGCUACGAAGGAUCAUAGGUCGUUUGCAGCAACCGUCUUCGGGACUGCAGCAUUCAAAAUGUUGGAGUGGCUUACGCCCCAGGGCAUCGACCACAUAUCUCGGUCUCUUCGCGACGUCAGCGACGAGGGAACCGCCGAAAAUGCCGAGGGUUUCGAUACGACAACGGUGCAUGAAGUGCAUGCAACUCCUCCCGUCGCGAAGCGCAGCCCUCCGAAAGCAACUCAAACCGAUCAACACGAUCGCGAAACGAGCCCAACAAGCCACGACCGCAAGAAGCGGACGCCGAGCCGCACGAAACGGGAUGAAUCUGAGUUGCCCCGGCAUGCCCCUAAGCCGCCCCGAGGCGCCAAGGGCUCACUCCGAGCUCCGUCAUCGCCCGAAUCCAAGCGACGAGGUUCUCUGGACGCCAAGGGUAUAUCUACUAAAGAGGAAAACAAGUCGACGCCUAGAAGUGCACCGCUGAACAGUUUCCACCCGGAUAAGAGGCCACGAGCUGCCAAGCUUGCGCCAAACGUCGUCGCUAGAGGCGUGCCCGAGAUACCCUCGAAACCAUCCUUCUUCGAGAACGUGCCCGUCUUGUCGCCACCGGCAGUCGAGGAAGUCAGGGAACCUGACGCGGGCUCCUCCGGGCAGGACGAUACAGAUGAAAAUGGUGCGGAGAGCAUCAACAGCCCUCUCGGAAGUCGGCCAAACACGCCAGUCAAACUGGACACUACCGCCAUGCCUGCAGAGGACACGUCAUGGAUAGGUUACCCUCUGCCACAGUCCCUCAGUCGACUUGACGUCGAGCUGGUCGACUUCAUCUGCGACACCUUCCACGAAGAUCGGACUGCAGAAAGACAGUUCUACGGGCCCCUGCUGGCCUCGGAGAUAUACCCUACUCCUCAAAACCGGCCGCGAUCGCUCGUCCGGCGGCGCCGACCCGGUCAGAGCGUCCCUCGAGCGCAGUGGAAGGCCUUUCACGAACAAACCAUCUUUAACGUUUUCAGCGACCCGCGCUCUCUCGUCCAGUCGUUCACUCGGAACGGGAAGCUUUAUGAUUCGCAGACCUUGUGGUAUUGCAUGCUCCGCAUGACUCGAGCCGCGCCAAGUCUGGUACUACAUAGCCUCUGGCUGGCGGCCAAGAGCCUAUUCGUGCCUCCCGAGUCGCUCAAGAGCGUGCGGUCCCAGGCCGGGAAGCUUCUUGGCGGCAACCUUGACGCGCUCAGCAAUUUCGAGGCAGGGUGUGUCAUGUCCGUCUGCCUGCACGCCCUGGUGGCGGCAGCGCCAUGCGUCGCGGACUCCAAGACGUUGUACGAAAUGUCUCGGAUCCGCUCCCACGGGCUGGUACUGGCGGGAAGCGGUGCGACAGCCAGACAACCAUCUUCCAUGUGUCUCGAGUACGAGGACGUUUUCUCCAACGAACUGGCUCUGAGGCUGGCAAGAAGGCUCUUCUGUGCCAUCACUGCACGCCGAUGCUUCGCCGACAUUGCAGAAUGCGACUUGAGCCUGCGUGACAACGGAAGCGAUUUCGACGUCCUCCGACCCCUGCUCAGCCAACUGGAUCUUCUGAGCAACGAGCCGGCACGUGUCUUGGACUUUACCCCGGCGGAGCGCCUUUUGCACGAGACACGAGUGCCGACGCUGCUCCUGGACUGGGCGAGGGCGGUGUUGCUGAGGGAGUGGGACGGCCGACCAGAGUUUUCGAGCGAUGGCCCCUUUCACGGGGCGCUGUCUCUCGUGGCCACAUUGUACGAAAACAGGAACAUGCUCCUUCUGGGAGACGUUCAGUUCCGAGUUGACCACUUCUCCGAGCGGCUGGACCCUAUGGAGAUGCCAGUGACCUGGACAGACUUCACCUCGACGCGGCAGAGAAACCACCUCUUGGACUAUCCUUACCUCUUCAAUCCGGAUGCCUUGGUUUCUUUCUUCCGCUCCAUCAACUUUUCGAGGAUGAGCACAACGUUCGAGGAGUCGAGCUCCCUCAAGACGAGGAUGAGCGCCAUCGUCGACCCCGGUAGCCUGGUGACGAAUCCCCACCACAAGCACGUGUUACAGGAUCUGCUCCGGACUGCCUCCUCAAAGUACCUGGUCCUCUCCAUUGGGCGAGACAGUGUCGUCCGCGAUGCGUUUGACCAACUGUGGCGGCGCCAGGAACGGGAACUCCUGCGUCCACUCAAGAUUCAUCUUGGCGAGAACGGCGGCGAGGAAGGCUUCGACUCUGGGGGCGUGCAGCAAGAAUUCUUCCGCAUGGCGAUUGCGGAGUGCCUCGAUCCUCGAUUCGGUGCCUUUACUGUCGACGAGCGCACACGAAUGGCGUGGUUCGUCCCCGGAUCUGUGGUCGAGGACUGGAAGUUUGAGAUGAUGGGGCUACUAGUGUCUCUGGCCAUCUACAACGGGCUGACGCUGCCAGUGACGUUUCCCAAGGCGCUCUAUCGCAAGCUCUUGGGGGAGCCCGUGGAACAACUGUACCACAUUUCCGACGGGUGGCCGGAGCUGGCCGGCGGGCUGACGACGCUACUCGAGUGGGACGAGAAGGAUGGCCUCAUCGAGGACGUCUUUGCUCGCACAUACGAGUUUUCGGUGGCGGCGUUUGGGCGCGACGUCACGCGUGAAAUGUCAAAGACAAAAUCGUCGUGGCCACAGGGCUUAAGUGGCCUGCAGCGAAACGACACGGCCUCCGAAGACGACGAGGCGCCGAUGGUGACAAACGCCAACCGCGACGACUACGUGAGCGACUACAUCCGGUACCUGACUGAUGUGUCUGUGCGACCUCAGUUCCGUGCCUUUCAGCGGGGCUUCCGCGCAUGCCUGGACGCAAAGUCACUGUCGCUUCUGACUCCCCCGAUUCUGCAAUCAAUUGUCGAGGGCAUCCAGGACAUUGACAUUUCCGACCUGAGGCGAUACGCGAGAUAUGUCGGCUGGGACUCGUCUCAUCAAACUAUACGCGAUUUCUGGUCGAUAGUCAAGCGCUACGACGACCGAAUGAAGCGCAAGUUGCUCGAGUUCGUCACGGCGUCGGACCGCGUGCCCGUCGGGGGCAUGCGCAACCUGCAGUUCGUGGUGCAGAAAAACGGCGAGGAGGAUGGCGAGGGCGGCCACCUGCCCACGGCGUACACCUGCUACGGCACGCUUCUCCUGCCGCAGUACCGCGACAAGGAGGUCCUCCGCGAGCGCCUGGCCAUGGCGCUCGAGAACGCACAGGGGUUCGGCUUUGCAUAA